GGCAGUGACGGACGGUCCGCGGCACGAGGGGCGGCGUGCGAAACGACGGAGCGACGAUGCGUCUCGGCGACGACGAUUCGAGUGGCGUGAGCUCGGCGUCGAGCGCGUGCGUGAGCGAGCCGACGGCGCGUCGGUCGGCUGCCGACCCGGACUCCGGUUUCAGCGUGUUCGGGGAUCGGCUUGACCUGUUUACGGAGAUCCUGCAAACGCAGCAGCAACUGCAUCAGAAUCAACAGACAAGCCUAACGACCUUCGAGGCGGAAUCGACACAGUUCUUCGAUCCCGUGCCUCCAGCUUCUGAAAUCAUCAGCACUGAACCUCCCCCAUCGUCCACCGUUAUAAAGCACACCACACCGGAGCCUGCUAAAGAACGCGCCGCCACCCCACCAUCAGCUGAAGACCACGUCACCCCAUCAGCUGACGAGCCUGUCACCCCGUCAGCUGGCCACCCGGAGCACGGCGUCCCCCACGGCGGCGGUCUCGGCUGGGUCUGGGGCGAUGACGAGGAGGCCGCAGACUCGGAAUGGGACCGACUGCGGGUGGAGAAUUGCGACUCUGACUCGGACAGGGGACGGUCCGAUGAGUCGCCCCGGCACCUACCCAGCGACCUGGACCAGCGGCUUCUCGAUGACUCCGAGCGGCAGCUGCGUGAGGACUCGCAGAGGCAGCUGUCGAGAAACUCAGAGAGGCAGCUGCGUGAUGACUCGGAGAGGCAGCUGUCGAGAGACUCAGAGAGGCAGCUGUCGAGAAACUCAGAGAGGCAGCUGUCGAGAAACUCAGAGAGGCAGCUGUCCAAAGACUCAGAGAGGCAGCUGUCCAAAGUCCCAGAAAGGCAGCUCUCGAGGGACUUGAAGCGGCGGUUGUCGAGGGACUCUGAGGAGCAGCAGGAGAGGGACGGACGGGCGGCGGAGAGUGGCUUCGUUGUGGACGGCAGCACCACGCUGCCAGUGGAGACGUCUACAGAGCUUUCAAACGGGUUCCCAAAGCCGAUAAAAUCGCCGCUGAUCAGCGAACCCGAUGGACCCCGAAAACAGCCAGCUGAUGUAGGGAAGCCAUCGAAAGAGCUGCAGGAGCUCCUGGAAUGGAUUGAAGAGAAAGAGUCGGAGCUGCGGCAGCUGGAACUGCAGCCGGUGACCGGCAACAUACCGAGCCUUCAGAGACAACAGGAGGCGGCCCAGUCGUUCCUGGACCUGGUGCGCAGUCGUGAGGACGCACUCCGGGACGUUGUGGCCGACCAGAGUCUGACCCCCGACCGGCAGGAGCACCGACCUGACGGGACGGAGGACGGGCCUGGUCCGACGACGGGAGAGGUGCUACGCCGGUGGCUGCAGCUGCUCGGGGACGCCAGCCGACGACACGCCGAUCUCCAGUCCGCCCUGGCGAAGAUGCACGUGCUGGAGCGGUGUAUGCAGGACGUGGAGCGACGACUCACCGAGCUGGAGCAGGCGCCAAACUCCGGUGACGUCAUCGAUGACGUCACUGAGGGUACAGACCGCCUGCUGGCCGUUCAGCGCGGCCUGGAUGACGUCAACGAACAGGUGGCGCGCCUCACCGAGAACGGCGCACCCCUCUCCAGUGAACGCCUGGCUCGUCUGUCCACCCUGGCGACCCGCCUCCGUCAGCUGAGCUCCGCCUCGUGCGGCGCCCUGACCGGGUGCGAGCUCGGCCGGUCAGUGGAGCCGCCCUGGGAGAGAGCGGAGACGGCCGAACGGGUGCCCUACUACCUCCACCACGGCGAGAGGCGCACACAGUGGAGCCACCCGCGGCUGGCGCAGCUCACAGCCAGUCUGUCCCAGCUGGACUCGGUCCGGUUCUCUGCCUAUAGGACUGCACUGAAGCUGCGCCGCCUGCAGCGGACCCUCCUGCUCCACCGGCUCCCGCUGGAGGAGGCGGCGCUCGCCUUCCAGACCGAGGCGUGGCGUCUGCCGUGCUCGGGCGUGGCCGCCGUGCCGGACGUACUGGCCGUGCUGACCGAGCUGUACGGCCGGCUACAGCCGCCGCUGUCCGGGGGACAGGCACUGGCGCUGCGCGUCGACCUCUGCCUCAACUGGCUCAUCAGCGUCUACGACAGUCGCCGGACGGGCAGUAUUCCCGUGUACUGUCUGAAGCUGGCCAUCAUCACGCUGUGCCAGGCGAGACUCGAGGACAAAUACCGUUACAUGUUCCAGCUGUCUGCCGACGGCGGCGGCCAGCUGGACAGCCGGCGGCUGGCGCGGCUGCUGCGCCGGCUGCUGCAGCUGCCCGGCCAGCUGGCCGAGGCGGCUGCGUUCGGCCCGGACCAGGUGGCCGGCUCGGUCAGCAGCUGCCUGGAGUCAGCCGGCGGCGCGGCCGGGCUCACCGAGCUCCAGCUGCUCGACUGGCUGCGCGCCGAGCCGCAGAGCGUCGUCUGGCUGCCGGUGCUGCACCGCGUGGCCGGCGCAGAGACGGCGCGGCAUCAGGCGCGCUGCAACGUCUGCAAGGAGUACCCCAUCGUCGGCUUCAGGUACCGAUGUCUCAAGUGUUUCAACUGGGACAUGUGUCAGCAGUGCUUCUUUACCGGCCGGGUCAGCAAAGGUCACAAGCUGAGCCACCCCCUGCACGAGUAUUGUACAGAGAGCUCGUCCAGCGAUGGCCUGCGUGACCUUGCUAAGUCGAUUCGGAACCGGUUCAAGUCGAAACACCACUUCAGAAAGCACCAGAAGCUCGCCUACCUGCCCGUUCAGCCCAGCACAGAGGCGGAUACCGACGCUCCCGACUCGACCGACCUGGCUGAUACUACCGACACUCUGUCCCCGGACGAGGGAGGCGACCACUCAGAGCUGGCCAAUAACUCGAGCGUCUUCUCCAGUCCGGAUAGUGAGGAGGAGCUACAGAUGAUCACCCAGUACUGCCUGGGCCUGUGGCCGGCCGGCUCCGACUGUACCGACACAGACGGCGAGUCAGCCGCUCCUGAGGAGCACCUACGAGCCGUGGUGCGCCACCUGGAGCAGGAGCGCAGCGCGCUCCAGGCCGAGUACCGCCGGCUGACGGCCGCCGCGCCGGUAGGAGUCAGCCUGGCCGCCGCCGAGGAGUCCCGGCCCAACACGCCCGAUUGGUCCGAGGACGGGGAUGAUCAGCUGCGCGCGCAGGUGCAGCAGCUCGACAGAGACAACCGACAGCUGGGCCAGCAGCUCAGCCAGCUGCGCCGGCUCAUCGAGGGGGGUGGCACGAACCUGGCACGCAGCAGCACGCUGCAGACGCGAGCCGUCACCGCCGCGUAUCUGUCCAGUGAGGGACCCGAGCAGCAGCCCGCCAGCCCCGCAGGGCGACUGAGCCGAGCCAAGCGUCUGGCCCUGUCCCUGGCCAGAAGGAACGGUCACACCGUGGAGAUAGCGGCGUAACAGAGUCGCCCACCCGACCACAUACGUCGCAAGAGCGUCAGUUGAGUGUCGCCGGACCGUCUCUAGACUGCGACUGACGCCGUAGGCUGAAGCGAGGCGGUACACUGUGGUUUUCUGUGUGGUGAGGCGGCCGAGCUGACAAUUCUACUGAAGUGCUCCGUCGGGACAAACCAGACAGUGUGGUAACAGUGCUUCGAGUCUUGGCGAGACCCGGUUGGCUUGUGGAAGCAGUUGCAUAAUGGGCUUCACAGCAGGCCGCAGCCCAGCCAGCCCCCCGGACUAGGGAGAGUUUACCGUAUAUGCUUUCGGUCGCACGUGUAGUGAUAGGAGCGCAAUGCAAAGUGUGUUGUUGGGCUUAGACGAUGUGCUGUGUAAUAGCUGAUAUAAUACCGACCUGGGUACGGGGUGACGCCGCCUGGGCCAACAGAGCUCCGAUUAGGGGACCAUGUGACUCGGGCGUCGGCGAUCGCGGUAGUGGCGACCCAAGCCCCAGGACUCCAGAUAGGCCAGCAAAAUACCGUGAGUGGCUCUGUGCGUGAUGUGCGAGGGACCGUGUGAAGCAAAAUAUCGUGAUCAACGCUGUGCGAAUCAAUCCAUAAUGCUUUUCUAGUUACUAGGAAUACCUUGAUUAAUAAAUAGGUAUUGGAACAUUUA